AUGGCGGUUCACAGCAGAUCAUCGACGGCGGAGGAGGUUGCACCGGCUUUGUUUUCUCCGAUCAAUCUCCGCCUCCUCGUCUUCCUUCUCCUUCUAAUUACCUUCGUUAGCAGCGGCGUUGGAGGCACAAAGAAGCGAGUUCACAUUCCCGACGACCUCCAUGACGUGGAGGACAAUGAGGAGGAUGAAGCGUGGAUAGAAUGGGGACAGAAGAAGAGGAUGACGAAGGAAGAGUUUGAUCCGCCACCGGAGAAUUUUUCCGAAUUAGGAUUUACGCAGAUGCAAGAGGAGGUUUUGAAACGGCAGGUUGGACAGUCGUAUGGCUUCGUUAAGCUCCGGUUAGACGAUCAUCGUACUCCGAAUAUGGUAUCAGAUAUUGCAGUGAAAUGGACCAAACUUGCAAGAACUGGAUCAAUAGGAGUUGUUUUCAUGGGGUUUGAUAUUAACACUGUAAUGUUCACAUUACAAAAUGUCCAAAACACUUUGGAGUUUAAAGAUUUCCUACUAAGUCAGCCGGAAGCAUACGAGAUUAAGAUGGGAGAUCGGUUUUUCCGAAGACCCGGAGAUCCUUCGUACGACGAACUUCUGAAAGACUUGUACAAGAAGAACAAAAAGCGUGGUAAAUCCUCAAAUGAAACGACCAUGAAACCCGAGUUAGAAACGACCGUGAAACCCGAGUUAGAAAUGAGCGUAAAAACCGAGUUAUAA